AUGGGGAAUUUUGAUAAUCUCCCACCAGAUAUCAUACUAGACAUUUUAAGUAGAUUACAAACAGAAUCGGUAUCGGAGUGUAAACUAGUUUGCAAAUCGUGGAGGAAUCAGGUACGCCAUCCAUCCUUUUCCCGGAUGCAAUUAACUCAUCUCAGUGAUGAUCCUGCAGGUAAUCUCACUUUUCUUUUAUUAAAACCUUAUCGAUACACAGAACAUCAACAAAUUCACUACUUUGAGUAUGAUCAUGAGUAUGAGACACAUAGAAUAAGAAAAAUCAACAUCAAACCUCCAUUUGAUGAGAACAGUGGAGGUUAUGGUAUUAUUGGUUCUGUCAAUGGUCUCAUUUGUCUCAAUGCUUGUAAUGACCAUACAUUAUUUGAUUAUCAACCUGCUUAUAUCUGUAAUCCUGUCACGAAGGAGUAUGUUAUAGUUCCGAAGUUGAACAGAGAAAUGGGUGGAGGUGAUGUCAAUCUACGUCAGAAUUUCCAUGAUGUUUAUAGUGGAUUCGGUUAUCUUCGGUCGAGUAAUGAGUAUAAGGUUGUUAGACUCGAUCGAAGACCCAAUUUUGAGGGCGUCGAGGUAUACACUCUUGGGAAUGGAAAUGGGUGGAGAAACGUAGCAGGGGAAUACGGAAUUGAUUUAUCUGUGUUUACUUUUGUUAAUGAUUAUGGUGUGUUUGCAAACGAAACCCUUCAUUGGAUUACAUUGGAUGGAAAGAUAGUGGCCUUCAAUCUGGCCGAUGAAAACUUUUGUGAACUUCCACCACUUCCCUGUCUAUCACUAGCUGAUAAUGUGGAUCUUAACUUUGAAAUUGGGAUUUUGGGUGGGAUUUUGUGGUGUUCAAUCCUUGAUGAGUGCACAAGAAAGACUGAUAUUUGGUUAUUAAGGAAAAAUGGGAAUCAGAACAUGGAGGAGCAGGAUGAUUACCGGUCAUUGACUUGGUGUCAAGAGUUCGGUCUAGUCGGUAUGAAACCACUUGCAUUGGCGAAGAGUGGUGCUGUUCUAUGUUAUAGUCCUACUGAUCUCUAUUCUUAUGACAUGAACUCUUCUUGUUUCAAAAAGCUCGUGAAUUUUCCUCGAUGUAUUUGCCAAGCGACAAUUCCUCUUAGGAACACCUUAAUUCCUCAUAUGAACACCUUAAUCUCACUAAAAACAUUAGGAGAAGAAGAGACGAAAACUAUGGAAUAA